AUGUCAUCUCCUCGUGGAAUAAACUUUUUGAACUUCAACCAGACGGGAUCAUGUAUAUCAAUGGGAACGUCUGAAGGGUUUGAGAUCUUCAAUUGUGAUCCGUUUGGGAAGUUCUAUUCGGAUGAAAGUGGAGGAUAUGGAAUAGUGGAGAUGCUAUUCUCGACGUCGCUGCUGGCAGUUGUCGGGGUUGGGGACCAGCCAGCGAUGUCCCCGAGAAGGCUACGCAUCAUCAAUACAAAGCGGCACUCAGUAAUAUGCGAGGUCACAUUUCCUUCUACCAUCUUGGCGGUCAAAAUGAAUAAAGCUCGACUUAUCGUGCUUCUUCAAGAUCAGAUAUACAUUUACGAUAUCAGCAAUAUGCGGCUGCUGCACACGAUUGAAACAGCCACAAACCUACGAGGGCUAAUUACAGUCUCUCCAUCACUGGACAGCAACUAUCUCGCGUAUCCUUCCCCUCCUAAAGUCAUCAAGUCUGAAAUCAAGGGCCACGCCACGACAAAUAACAUCAGUCUGACGUCCAAUGACUUGGCCACAUCAUCCAACCACGCUGGCCCUGGUGAUGCAUUGAUUUCCCAGGGAGGAUCAGCAGGCCCAGGAGGCCCAGGAGGCCAAGGAGGCCAAGGAGGCCAGGGAUCCCAUGGAGCUUCAGGAGCUCACGGAUCUCAUCUCUCACCCCCCGGAGACCCUGUCGCUGCGGGAAACUCCUCAUUGGAGGUCUUUGACGGCAAUGCGACCUCUUCAGGCAACAACCCGGGUAUAACCAAGGCUGCCAAUAGCAUUCUAAAGAAUGGAGAUGUAAUCCUGUUCAAUAUGCAGACCCUUCAACCAACGAUGGUGAUAGAAGCUCAUAAGGGAGAAAUUGCAGCCCUCACUUUGAGUAGAGAUGGAACGCUUCUGGCAACUGCAUCUGAAAAGGGCACUAUCGUGAGGGUCUUUUCUGUAGAAACAGGAUCUAAAGUUUAUCAGUUCAGAAGAGGAACGUACCCCACCAAAAUUUACUCCAUGUGCUUCAGCGACGACAAUCAAUUCUUGGCAGCCAGCUCGUCAAGCAAAACCGUCCACAUUUUCAAGCUCGGUAAAGCAGAGUACGUCACGACAAGCGCUGAUGCCCAAAACAAUAGUGAUUUAGAGGAUCAAGAGGCCGAGAAUUACUCCAUAGACGAGGCAGAGGAAGGAGAACCCGAGGAAACUGCAUCUCUAGGACAAAGCUCCUCAGCAAGCUAUGAUUCUUCGCAUCCCGAUGCGGCAGCAAAAGAGCCCGUGGUUGAUGCGUCUCGGAGGACUGUUGGAAGAAUGAUUCGAAAUUCCUCCCAAAAGCUCUCCAGAAAGGCGGCAAAGACGUUAGGUGCUUAUUUUCCAAUCAAAGUGACCUCCAUAUUGGAGCCAUCUCGACAUUUUGCCAGUUUGAAGCUCCCGAUUGAGAGUGGAGCUACAAUCAAAUCCAUCACAACAAUCGGCCAGCCUGUCGAUAUCGACACAGCUGAAUACCCCGAGCUAUUCGAAAACGGCCUAUGGGGGUCUGUGGCCAGCGAGAGUAGUUCAGGGAUGAUCAAAAUGAUUCCAAUCCGAGUGAUUUCGUCGGACGGCUACAUGUACAACUACGUUUUAGAUCCUGUACGCGGCGGUGACUGCUUGCUACUCAGUCAGUUUUCCUUACUGAUGGAUUGA